AUGACUCCAAACAUUAUUACCGAAGCUCAUUCCCACGCACUCGGUUCUCGAAUGACUGUGGCUCAGAGAAAAGAGACACAUGAAUUGAGAAAGACUCUCAAGCCAUUGAUGGAAAAAAGAAGGCGGGCUCGCAUUAACGAGAGCCUCAAUCACUUAAAAACACUUAUACUCCCUCUGUUCGGCAAAGACGCUUCACGCUAUUCAAAGCUGGAGAAAGCUGACAUUCUCGAAAUGACUGUGCGGUUCCUCAGAGAUCUGCCUUCCUCAUCAGCUAAAGGUCAAACAGACAGCUAUAACGAGGGAUACAAAGCCUGCUUGCAGCGCAUCUCUGCGAUGCUGCCGCAGUCUAACCUCGAAACAGAAACCCGGCAGCGCGUCAACGAGUUCCUCCAGACUCGAUGGUGUCUGCGACGUCCUCCUGCCAGAACUGCUGUGCUCAGAACUCCAGAAUGA